AUGUGUCAGGUGUGUGGAUGUCGGCAGGUGGUGAUGGACAGUCCACAGCUUGGUCACACAUGUCGGUUGGGUGAGGGUGGUAGUCCACUUGCACAUUAUGUUGGACCUUCACCACCCAGCCACUCCAUUGUGCACCUGGCUAAACCCAUAAUGGGCUUGCUAAAAGAGGCCUUCUUAAUGCCCAAAGGGUCAACAGGUAUUUUAAAAGGUUAUGAUCCUCUGUUGAAUCUAGUAUUGGAUAAUACUACUGAAUAUCAGAGAGAUCCUGACGAUCCUUACAAAUUGACAGACGAUACUCGCCACUUGGGUCUAGUGGUAUGCCGAGGAACAGCGGUAGUUGUGAUUUGUCCCUUGGAUGGAAUGGAAUCCAUUCCUAAUCCUUUUGUCCAACAUGAGUGA